AUGCGUAUCAACGCAGCCUUCACCUCCGCGCUGGUCUCCUCCGCCACUCUCAUGGGCUAUGCUCAUGCUGAGGAGGCCGACACCCAGCCCGAUGCUACUACUUCCCUGGCGGAAAAGCCCACUUUCACUCCCACCACUCUGAAGGCGCCCUUCCUGGAACAGUUCACCGAUGACUGGCAAACCAGGUGGACCCCCUCUCAUGCGAAGAAGGAGGAUUCCACGUCUGAGGAAGACUGGGCCUACGUCGGUGAAUGGGCCGUGGAGGAGCCCACCGUCCUGAAGGGGAUGGAAGGUGACAAGGGUCUUGUGGUCAAGAACCCUGCUGCCCACCACGCCAUCUCGGCCAAAUUCCCCAAGAAGAUCGACAACAAGGGCAAGACCCUCGUUGUCCAGUAUGAGGUGAAGCCGCAGAACUCUCUCGUCUGUGGCGGUGCCUACAUGAAGCUGCUUCAGGAUAACAAGAAGCUCCACGCCGAGGAGUUCUCCAACGCCUCCCCCUACGUCAUUAUGUUCGGUCCCGACAAGUGCGGUGCCACCAACAAGGUUCACUUUAUCUUCCGCCACAAGAACCCGAAGACUGGCGAGUACGAGGAGAAGCACCUCAAGGCUCCUCCUGCCGCUCGUACCAACAAGGUCACCUCCUUGUACACCCUGAUUGUCCGUCCCGAUCAGUCGUUCCAGAUCCUCAUCGACGGUGAGGCGGUCAAGAACGGUACUCUGUUGGAGGACUUCAACCCCCCGGUCAACCCCGAGAAGGAGAUUGAUGACCCUAAGGACUCCAAGCCUUCCGACUGGGUUGACGAGGCCAAGAUCCCCGAUCCCGAGGCCACCAAGCCCGAGGACUGGGAUGAGGAGGCUCCCUAUGAGAUUGUUGACGAGGAGGCUACUAUGCCUGAGGACUGGCUGGAGGAGGAGCCCACCAGCAUCCCCGACCCUGAGGCCGAGAAGCCCGAGGACUGGGAUGACGAGGAGGAUGGCGACUGGAUCCCUCCCACCGUUCCCAACCCCAAGUGUGCUGACGUCUCCGGAUGUGGCCCCUGGUCCCCGCCCAUGAAGAAGAACCCCGCCUACAAGGGCAAGUGGUCUGCUCCUCUCAUUGACAACCCUGCCUACAAGGGUCCCUGGAAGCCGCGCAAGAUCGCCAACCCCAACUACUUCGAGGACAAGACUCCUGCCAACUUUGAGCCCAUGGGUGCUAUUGGUUUCGAGAUCUGGACGAUGCAGAACGACAUCCUCUUCGACAACAUCUACAUCGGUCACUCCGUUGAGGACGCUGAGAAGCUCCGCAAGGAGACUUUUGAUGUUAAGCACCCCGUUGAGCUGGCCGAGGAGGAGGCUCUGAAGCCCAAGAAGGAGGAGACCGGAGCCACCCCCAGCGUUAGCUUCAAGGAGGACCCAGUCACGUACGUCCGCGAGAAGGUUGACUACUUUGUCGGCCUGGCCAAGCAGGACCCCAUCAACGCUGUGAAGCAGGUUCCCGAGGUGGCUGGCGCUCUCGGUGCUCUGCUCCUGACUAUGGUUCUCAUCAUUGUGGGAGCCAUCGGUGCCAGCAGCCCGGCUCCCGCUCCUGCCUCCAAGAAGGGCAAGGAAGCGGCUGGAUCGGGCAAGGAGAAGAGUGAGAAGGCCACCAGCUCUUCUGCCGAUACCGGUAAGGGCGGUGCCACCAAGCGGACCACGCGCUCCUCGGCAGAGUAA